AGACGAGCAGAUGGGUAGAACACGUUGAGGAACUGUUGAAUAGAUCAGCUCCACUGAACACACCAACAUCGAAGCAACACACACAGACAUUCCCAUAGCUAUCACUCCAUCAACAAACGAAGAAAUCAGCAUUGUCAUCGGACAUAUCAAGUGUGGGAAAGCGGUAGUACCAGACAACAUAACAGCUGAACCAUUGGAGUUAUGCAUAGAAUUAAAUGCAAAGAUGUUUUGGGUUCACUUCGAGAAGAAGUGUUAGGAACAAUUAGCGACCGACUGGGAAGAAUGAUAACUCAUCAAGAUACGAAUGAAAGGAGAUGUGAGUAAGUGUGAGAACUACACAGGCAUCACACUACUGUCAGUACCAGGAAAGCUUUCCAACGGAGUGUUGUUGAACCGGUCGACAGAUUCAGUAGACGCACAAAUUCAUGAUCAACAGGUUGGAUUCCGUGAGGAUCGAUCGUGCACAGAACAAUUCGCGACACUACAAAUCAUUGUUGAGCAAUCGAUUCAAUGGAACUCGUCACUAAAUGCAACUCGCUUGAAUAUGAGAAAGCAUUUGACAGCGUGGAUAGGAGAUAACUAUAGAAUGUUUCAUGACACUAUCAUAUAGGUGAGGAGAUCAUCAACAACAUAUGCAAUUCAUUGAAUGAACUAUAGUGUAAUGUCGUGCAUGAGGGACUGCUCACAAAUGCAUUGCGAUUGAUGAUCAGUGUCAGUCAUGACUGCCUCAUUUCAUUCUCUCUAUU